CUUAGGAAGAAAAUUUGAGAGAAAAGUGAAUUUUCUCGUUUUUCUAAAAUUAGAUUAAAAAGCAUGUUCUAGAGAUUUCUCGUGUUUUCAGUAGCAGUGAAAAUUUACUAUAAAAGCAGAAAAUUAAACAAAAAUUGACAAACAUGGUCGAGAUAACUGAAGAUGCAAAUACAAUGAAGGAGAAAGGAAAUGAAGCCUUUAAAAGUUCAGAAUGGGAAAAUGCAAUAAAUUUCUACACAAAAGCAAUAAAAUUGGGUGAAAAAGAAAAGAACAAGGAACUGCCAAUUUUUUACAAGAAUCGCGCUGCUGCUUACUUGAAAACUGAAUCAUUUGAACGAGCAGAAAGUGAUUGUACUAAAUCCCUUGAAUAUCAACCAAAUGAUCAGAAAGCACUUUUCCGUCGAGUUCAGUCACUGGAAGCUUUAGAAAGAUUUGAGGAAGCAUAUAGAGAUGCUCGAACAAUUUGGAAUAAUGAUCCAAACUUUAAACCAAUUCAGCCUUAUCUCGAAAGACUUCAUAAAGUUGUUCAAGAUCGUGUAGCUAUAAAUGCUCAAACAUCCACAAAGGUAUCAAAAAUGAUGGAAUUAGCAUUUGAUAUUGGUGCCGAGAGAAGCAAAAGAGAGACUGCAAUGAGUAAUCUUGUAGUGUUAGCUAGAGAAAAGGCAGGAGCCGAUGUAAUGUUCCGUGAGAAUAUAGCUACUCGUGUCGGUAAAUUAUUCAAAGUCGAAAAAAAUGAUGAAAUACUUGUUAAUGCUAUACGUGUAAUUGAUGAUAUCUGUAUCAAGUCAUUACAUUACACAAAGAAGAUCAUUAAUGAACUUGGUAUCCCUUGGUUCCUACAAAUUCUUGAUAGUAAAAAUCCUGAUCGUGUAAUGUCAGCUCAGCAUUGCUUACAAGUCAUUCUUAAUUCAUUCUCUGGCUUAACUAAUAAAGAGGAUUCAAAGCCAGAUCAACAAUUAGUUGAAGAUAAUAAGAAUGAAAUUGAUACAAUUCUUACAUGCUUGGUUUAUGCAACAACAGAUCGUACAAUUACUGGCGAAGCUCGUGAUGCUGUUGUAGAAUUAUUGAUCAGAAAUGCUCAUUAUCAAACACUUAAUUGGGCUGAACGUCUUAUCGAGCAAAAGGGUCUUUAUCGUUUGAUGGAAAUUUGUAGUGAAUUAGAGGAAUAUAAAUAUGAGAGUGCAAUGCCAAUAACACCAUCGUCUAGAACCAUCGCUUCCGUUUGUUUAGCAAGAAUUUAUGAAAACAUGUACUAUGAUGAAGCUCGACAACGAUUCAUUGCUCACAUUGAUGAAUAUAUAAGGGAUAAGCUUUUAAAUCCAGAAUUUGAAUCAAAAGUUCGUGUUGUAGUCGCUUUAACAUCACUUCUUCUUGGUCCAUUAGAUGUUGGUAAUACAAUUUUCGCACGUGAUGGAAUCAUGCAAAUGAUUUUAGCAAUGGCAAGUGAUGAUGAAUUGUUACAUCAAAAAGUAGCUUCUGAAUGUCUUAUUGCUGCAGCAUCAAAGAAGGAUAAGGCUAAAGCAUUAAUAGCAAGUGGGGUGGAAAUUUUAAAGAAAUUAUAUCAUUCAAAAGAUGAAGGAAUUCGAGUAAGAGCACUAGUUGGAUUAUGUAAAUUAGGUAGCUCUGGUGGCCUUGAUGCAUCUAUUCGUCCAUUUGCUGAAGGAUCAACUGUUAAACUAGCUGAAGCAUGUCGUCGUUUUCUCAUUAAACCUGGUAAAGAUAAGGAUAUUCGUAAAUUUGCAGCUGAAGGAUUGUCAUUCCUUACACUUGAUGCUGAUGUUAAAGAGAAAUUAAUUGAUGAUAAAUUGGCUAUUCAAGCACUCAUUGAACUAGCUAAAACUGGAGAUCAAUCUGUCAUUUAUGGUGUUGUUACUACACUUGUUAAUCUUGUCAAUGCUUAUGAAAAGCAGGAAAUGCUUCCUGAACUUAUGGAACUUGCUAAAUUCGCAAAACAUCAUGUUCCAGAAGAAUCAGAACUCGAUGAUCCAGAUUUUGUAGCCAAACGUAUUAAUACAUUGGCAGAAGAAGGUAUUACUGUCGCCUUAGUUGCUCUAUCAAAAACUGAGAGUGACAAUGCCAAAGAAAUGAUUGCGAGAGUUUUUAAUGCAAUUUGCUCCGAAACUAGUGUUAGGGGAAAGAUUGUUCAACAAGGUGGUGCUCGUGUCUUAAUUCAGCUUGCAUUAAAAGGUACUGAAAAGGGCAAACGAAAUGCUGGUCAGGCUUUGUCACGUUUAGGUAUCACUAUCAAUCCCGAACAAGCAUUUCCUGGACAACGAUCAUUAGAAGUUGUUAGACCAUUACUUAAUCAACUUCAUCCAGACUAUAGUGCACUCGAGAAUUUUGAAGCACUUUUGGCACUUUGUAAUUUAGCUCAAAUGAAUGAUUCAGUUCGCAAUCGCAUAAUGAAAGAGAAAGGAAUGUCACGUAUUGAAAUGUUCUUAAUGGAAGAUCACAUUUUGUUGACUAGAGCUGCCACACAAGUAAUUUGCAACAUGGUUUUGAAUGAGGAUUAUAUAAAAUGGCAUGAAGGAGACAAUGAUCGCGUAAAAUUCUUAGCACUGUUGUGCGAGGAGGAAGAUGAAGAAACAGCUUUAGCAUGUAGUGGUGCAUUAGCAAUUCUGACAUCUAAUAGUGCAAAAUGUUGUGAGAAAAUGAUAACUCCAUCGUCAUGGCUUGAAAUUUUGCAUACGUUAAUAGCGAAUCCAAGCCCUGAUGUACAGUUUAGAGGAAUUGUCAUAAUUCACAACAUGAUUCGACAGAGUAAAACAGUUGCUGAGAAAAUAUUCGAUACUGAUGUUUUGCAGCUUUUAAUGGGUGUCACUCAGCUUAACGACGAGAAAAGAUCAAAGGCAAUUGAAGAAGCCAAAUUAUGCCUAAAGACAGCAGAAGAUAUGAAAUUAAUUCAAGAAAAGAAAGAUGAUGCGAAUGAUAUGAUGCCAGAUGUCUUUCAACAGCCUCAAAAUGAAGACUUAGAAGAAGAAAACGAGUGAAUGCCUAAAUAUGUGCCUAUAAAUUAGUUUGUUGUUUUUUAUCAAACAUUUUUAAUGAAACUUUUCAGCUAAAACUUUUUGUAUUUUUUGACCAUUUUGUACUUAAUUGAUUUUCUAAAUUGCAUUUUAGACAUCAAAUUUAUUUAAAUAAAGUUUUUUCUUUGAAGAAUUAAUAGU